CUUUCCGAUGGAACACAAACCCUUUCCCAAGGAGUCCAGAACCAGCGAAAGCGGCGGCGGGGAGAGGAGAGAAAAGGAGAAGAGCGACAAAGGCGGCGGCGCCGCCGAACCACCGAGAGCAACUCGACGGACAUGGCGCUGCUGAUGGAGCCCGGGUCAGAGCCUCUGACGGAGGGCGAGAAGGCGGACCUGGAAGGCAUCGCCGCCAUCAAGGAGUCGGCGGCGCGCGAGUACAAGGAGGAGGGCAACCAGUUCGUCAAGAUGGGCCGCAAGCACUACGCCGACGCCGUCGACUGCUACACCAAGGCCAUCGCCCAGAUGGGCGCCCUCCCGCUCUCCGCCCCGAACCCCGACGCCUCCGUCCUCUUCGCCAACCGCGCGCACGUCAACCUCCUCCUCGGCAACCACCGCCGCGCCCUCGACGACGCGGAGCAGGCCAUCCAGCUCUCCCCCUCCAACGUCAAGGCGCACUACCGGGCGGCGAAGGCCGCGCUUGCUCUCGACCUGUUGCCGGAGGCGGUGUCCUUCUCCCGGCGGGGGCUCGAGCAGGACCCCGCUAACGAGGAGCUCAGGAAAUUUCUCGCGCAUGUGGGGGCGCUGGAGAUCGAGCAAUUCCGUCAAAAGGCCAAGGUUCAGAAUGCCGUCUACACAGCAAAGGAUCUCACUACUGCUCUAGAGAGGAGAAAGCUGAGGCUGGGGAAGGCGGCGUUCCAGGAGCUCACCGGAGUAAAGAAGCCGGAGCUGGAUUCGAUGUGCGUGCUCCACUGGCCAGUUCUUCUGCUCUACCCGGAGGUCAUGUCGAGUGACUUCAUCAAGGAUUUUCCGGAGACUGAUGUGUUCUCGCAGCACCUCGAUGUCAUGUUCUCCGCAAGUUCUCCACCUUUGCCAUGGGAUGAGAACCAUGCUUACACAAGGGAUGCUAUUGAGCUGUAUUGUCAGGCUGGUGCGGAAACACCUUUGUCCAAAAGUGAAACAUUAAAAUAUUUUCUAGAAGGCACUGUAGACUCAAAGUCGCUCCAAGAUACUCUUGAUGAGGAGGAUGGAGAACAUGAUACGGGCAGUGGCUGCACAGUUACACCAUCAAGUGAGGGAUCGGCUAAGUGGAUCAGAGUAAAAGAAGGGACAACACUUGAAGAAGCGCUGCAGCAUAAAGACUACAUCAUCCCCGGGAUACCUGUAUUCUUCGUUGUCUCAAGGAAGUCCAGCUUCUACCCGGAGUUUAAGGCUGGAAAUUGGUCUCUGCCGUAGAGCUGCGAGUAGUGAAGAGGCGAGGGGGCUACGGAUAUUACCACAAAACAGAAGCUGUCAUUUCCAAAAUCGUUGCAUGGUUUUAGCAUCCUCUGCAAUGUGUUGCCCCACUGUUAGCUUGAAUGAUGCCCCAGGAGUGCAUUUUCCAUAGAGUGAUAUAAAGACCCACAUGAACCUUGACUUAUGAAUCUUAUUCCUGGUUUGGGAUUUGCCAUGGUGAUUCCUUUUACAGUUUA